GGGAUCGCCGCACUGAUGGUGGCUCGUCAUUUACCAUUCCUCAGCACAAUCGUCCGAUGCCAGUGGCACCACGCGCAAAGCUUGCGAUUCUAAAGUCUUGCACACAGAGUGAACAGCGAAUACCGCAGCCUAUCCAACAUGAGGCCGACCAGGCUACUGAGUUUUCUAUUGAGCCGUAGCCUUCUCGUUUACGACUAAUUGCGCCGACUCUAUUUUUUGUGCCGUCUCUAAAGAAUAGCCUCGGGCCCAUGAGUUGCGUGUAGCAUUUGACCCACAUACAUGACGAUGUAAAUGUCCGAACGGAUUUCUGGACGAAUUCUGACACCCCGUUCUCCCUUCUUCAAAUACACGGUGGUCGACAAGGAGGUUUCUUUAGUAGACACCAGGGUCGCAUUUAAACCAUCAAUUCAUCCAAAAAAAAAUGAGGACUACCUCUGUCGCAGCUGCAUUGGCUGUCGCCGCAGCCGGUACAGCCGGGGCCACCACGUGGGACUUUUGCGUACGCCCUGAGCCGACGAGAAUACACUCGACUUCCCCCUUCACUAAGCUAAUUCCUUCUGCAGUGUACCGCAUUAUCAUUUGCGCUAUCGUCUAGUUAUCAUGGCCCGUCAUCACCGGAAUACGGCAAUCUCACCACCGCUCGCUGGUCAACAACAUCAGUCAUGCACCCUGGCUGUGUCCUGACACCGUCAACCGCGCGAGAGGUAUCCGUCGCCAUGUCCAUCAUCAAGACGGCCGGCUGCCAGUUCUCCGUCAAAUCAGGUGGUCAUAACGCGAACCCCGGCGCCAAUAGUAUCGAAGAGGGCGUCUCAAUCGAUUUACAGCGGCUAAACUCGACCCAACUAGCAGCCGAUCGCAAAUCUGUCUCCCUAGGAACAGGUAUUACAUGGGGCAACGCCUACAAGGCAUUUGAGAGCGAGGGAAUUGCUUUCCCAGGCGGCAUCUGCGAGGAUGUUGGCGUGGGCGGACUGGCGGUUGGUGGUGGCCAAUCCAUCUUCCAAGCUUCCAAGGGCUGGGUUGUGGACAACAUUAUACGCUACGAGAUUGUUCUCGCCAACGGAAAGAUUGCCACUGCUGACGAGAAGAAAAACCCAGAUCUCUUCAAGGCUCUCAAGGGAGGCAACACAAACUUUGGCAUCGUCACAAACGUCGAGAUUGCUGCGUUUGACUUUGGCACAAUGUGGGGAGGCGAGAUGAUCCUCAACUUGAACGGACCCGAGUCUACGCAUACAGCUAUGGUCGACAACCUCACACAUGCCAUGGUGAACUUUGUAGAAAACAACAAUCACGAUCUCGAUACUGGCCUCCAAGUCAUCACAACCAACCUUCGCAAUGGAGCCCAGUUGGUUGACCUGUCUCUCACCAACACUGCCAAUAUCGGCAACCCACCUGCGAUCAAGGACUUUCUGUCCGCGCCCAACAAGCUAAUAGAUACUACACGCCAUACGACGCUGGCGACCAUGGCUCACGUUGCUAGUGAAGCUGUGCCUAAAGGCUUUCGUUACAUUACUGCUAGCUUGACGAUCAAGAACGACUAUAAGACACUGCGAGAAAUCUGGGAUAUGAACGAUGCCGUUUUCCAAGGCCUCCCUGUUCAAGGCCAGGUUGACUGGAUGGUAUCGCUGAUUCCACAGCCAAAAGUACAAAAGUCUCAUGCGGCUGCUCGUGGAGGCAAUAUGCUGGGGCUAGAAACCGCUGACGACGAGAUUGUUCUGUGGCUACUGUCAAGGUGGAACAACCCCAGCCUAGAUGACAUGGUUAGUGAUGCCCGACAAACAUUCCUCGAUAAGGCAAACCAAAUCGCCAAGGCGAAUGGCGCCGACUCUCCCUUUGUUUACAUCAACUACGCUGGAUACAACCAAAAUCCCCUAUGCGGUUACGGAAAGGAAAAUGUCGACUUUCUCCGACAAGUGGCCAACAAGUACGAUCCCAGCGGCGUUUUUCAAAAGCAGAUGCCUGGUGGAUUCAAAAUCGGAAACGUCCAGUGCUAACUUGGCAAUAUCAUGAUAUAUAUAUAUACAUUUACCACAGUAAUAAUAUGUACUCUAGACUAAAACGGAAUAUGUACGGAGGAAACAGGAUAGACGCAAAUACACGCUAGCUGCAUUUUCAGCUAAACACGUCCAGAAUAGCUUUGACAGUCCGCUCUGCUGCCUGGCCAUCCCCAAAUAUCAAACUUGAUGUUUUGCUCGUAUCUGCAUCAGACGAGUUAUUCCGUGUGCUUAGAUAUUGGUCAAGCUCUGAUACAAUCGUCUCUUUGCAUGUUCCGACAACAGUCAGCCCCGAUCCCAAGCCUUCGACACGAUCUGUCACAUCGCGAGUUACGAGCACAGGUGUGCCCAUGGUUACGCCCUCUUCCUGAACACCGCCAGAAUCUGUGAGGAUAACCCGUGCAAUGCGUACUAGGUGGAUAAAUUCGUGGUACAUUAGCGGCUCGACAAUGGCAAUGUUUGGAAUGUCUUCCAACAAAGGACGGAUGGUCUUGUAGAUUCCCGGUUUGCUGUGGCCAGGCCAUAUGAUGGAGCAAUGAGGAUGCAAGGAGGCGACUGUUCGAACGGCAUCUGCAACUUCUGCCAGCCGGUUCCCCAUGUUUUCCCUUCUAUGCAUGGUCACUAGCAUCACAGGGUUUGUCGCUGAUGUAGCCACCAUGUCGCGUACGCGCUGAUUGGUGAAUGAUGGAGGAACUUUGAUGACCGACAUUAACGUAUCAAUCGUGGAGUUUCCGGUGAGAAUAAUGUCGCUCUCCGCCACACCCUCUCGGAUGAGUGAUGCGCGAGCAGCGCUGGUGGGCGCCAAGUGAAGUGUGGCAAUCUGAGCAAUCAUCUUGCGAUUGGCUUCUUCCGGGAAUGGGCAGCUCAAGUCACCAGAGCGCAGUCCCGCCUCAAUGUGUACCAGUGCGAUGCCACGGUUAAAGGCGGCCAAUGCCGCCGCCAUGGCAGAUGUCGUGUCACCAUGAACGAGCACAACAUCGGGGUUGGCCCGCUCAAGAACCGGGUCGAGAUCUUGUAAAAUGCGGCCUGCAAUGGCAUUGAGGGUUUGGUUCUGUCGCAUAAUCUUGAGGUCAUAGUCGGGCUUGAUGUUGAAUUGACGGUGAACCUGCUCCAGCAUAUCCCGAUGUUGUCCUGUCACCGCCACAAUACUCUCAACCCCAACGGCUUCCUGCAGAGCGUACAAAAUUGGCACCAUCUUUAUGGCUUCGGGACGCGUCCCGUAAACAGACAUGACACGGAGUGGUUUCGUCAUAAUGACAGCAGUGAAUACAGAAACGAUGAGUGAGUAAAGGUCACAUUGAAACCGCUCGGGUUU